UAAAAGAAAGUUUCAAUUAUUAUAUACAUUUAUAUAACUCAACGAUUGGAACAACUUAGUCAUCAGAAUCAAGAGAGAGGAAUAUAUAUAUAUAUAUAUUAUAUACUUUGUCACCAUGUCCGGCAGUGGUAAUUAUAACACACCAAGAAGAGACAAUAAUAGUAACAAACCCCCAAAGGUUGUGAUAAUCAACACCCAAUACGUAGAAACCGACGCCAAAGGCUUCAAAGAUGUGGUACAGAAGCUGACCGGAAAAGAUUCCAAGGUGGAAGAUCACGACGACGGCCACGAUGGCCACAGAGCCUUCAGAACACGCUCCACUACCGAUCAUUAUAAUUCAUCAUCAUCAUCAUCAGCUACUGCUACUGCACCCGAUAUUACAACAACUUUGACCACACAUAUUUCCUUCAAAGAUUUCGAGAGAUUGCUUAGGGAGAUGCCGCAAAUUGAUGACACGUGGCAGCCAGUUCAUUAUUAAGUUUUUUUUUUUUUUUAA